CCCCUUCUAUUAAUCGUACACUACUGACGGAUAAUGCGCAGUGACGUCACCGAAACAAAGCCAUGCGCGCACGGAGCGCGAGCGGGAUCGUUCUCCGCGGGCGCGCAUUCGGUGUCCGCGCGGACACGGCCGAGGUGCGCGUCGUUCGGGUGGUUUUUUGGUGCCGUGACUCCUUCGUCGAUUUCUCGUCGUUGUCCCGUCGCGUCGCGCGCGGCGUCCUCGACAUCGCGAAGAUGCCGUUCAUAUCGAAGGACUGGCGCAGCCCGGGCGAGGAAUGGGUCAAGACGGUGGAGGGCUGGGAAAAGAAGAAGAUCCUCGAGUGCGCCAACAACAAAACCCUCUCGCUUCUCUUGCGUGGCGAAAAAGAUGCGAUAGGCGAUAAGAAAGAGAAGGAUAAGAAGAAAGAAAAUGCCGUCCAGCCGCAUUGUCACAUCACUCUGAAGUGCACACGCGAGAUCGCCGGCUUCAACGGUCUGAGCGACGCUCUAAAGAGGCUAGAUUUCCUCUCGGCAGUGCACGACUGUCGACGAUUCAACUAUAUCGUCCGUCUUCUGGACCUUCUGGUCAGUCACAGAAUGGGCGGCUUGAGCGGAUGCGCGCAGAGAGUGCUCUUCAACAUGCUCGAGGAAGUCGCUCUGGAAGUAUCAUUGUCGCAACAGCAGACAGGAAGGCUGCGGCGUCUUAUAGAAAGAGUUCGAGCCUUCAGUGCUGGUUGCUGUUGGGGUGGUAGGCCCUUGGGCUCCGUUAUCCUAUGGGAAAAGCACAAAGCGGCUCUGGAGAGAAUCUUGCAGAUUGCCUCGUCCAUCACUAUUACCCAGAAAUUGUUGCAGCCGGAUGAGGAGCAGCAACCACAGUGGUCGGAUCUACCACCCGAAUGCCGACGAGAAGUUCUCUUGCGUCUGAGUGAUCCGCGGGAUAUAGAAGCCUCGUCCGAGGCAUGCGAACAUCUUGCCGUUCUCGCACAGGAACAAAGAAUCUGGCGCGAGCUUGCUCAGUAUCACUUUACGCCGCAGCAGAUUGCUACUACCAGACAAAAUAAUCCGGGAAAAGACUGGAAAACCAUAUUUACUAUCGCUCGAAGGUCAUUUGGAUUGCGGGAGGAAUACGCAGAGAUGAUACAACUGUGUCGCAAUUGUCGUUGCCUGUUCUGGCGAUCGCUUGGCCAUCCCUGCAUCGCCGAUCAAGAUCCCGCGUUCCAGGAGAAGCUGGCAGACGUCGAUCAAGCCUCUCUUCACGUGCCGAUUCCUCCGCAGACCUUCCUCAAGUUUUUCUCGCUGUGAAAGCUUUCGCAACAACUCUACGACCGUAAGAGCAUGGAACGCGUGCGCGUGCGUGUUUGUACGUGUGUGGAAGAAACGGAAGCAAUGACGUGACUUUGUCUCCGCGAUCGUCGUUCAACGGGAUGAGUGCACGUACGUGUGAGAGAAAAAAAUAGAAUGACGUUUAAAGAUGUUACUUUGAGAGAGAGAGAGAGAGAGAGACUCCUAACGUUACUUGUUCUGAAAAGUAUAUAUUUAACUGUCGAGCUACUCUCGACAUACCGGAUGGAUACGAAAACUAGAAAUUGGUAUUAGGAAUACGAUCUUUGAGACGUUUGGCGCCGAUUUUCUUAUACAAUAUUUUUAAUUGAAGGCCUAUUUACUUGAUAAGCGAGCUUGAACAUUCAACGGGUUCAAAAGCCGUCCGAUGCCAAUUUACGAAUUCGCCAUUCGCUAUAUUCGCUAAACUUUAAUUGCACCAUAAUUAGUAACUUCAAGUUUCGUGAAAAAUUGGCUCCAAACCGAUCGCAAGCAAAGAUUUCCUACUACUGAUUUCCACUUUGGCUCGUCCUGUAUUUUCUGGUCUUUUCAAUGGGAUCCUUAGUGUAAUAAUACGGGAUUUCGGAUCUGCUUUUCGUUGUCUUUGAGAUUCCUAUGACGUCGAUACGCGUUCUGAACGAUGAUGAGGAUACUUGCAUUAUCCCUCGAGUUAUGAUCGUAGAGCGUAGACGCUAGUCGUAUAACCAUGUUGUUUGCGGUAAGAAAAAGUUAAGAUCGCGUAAAAAUGCUAUCGAUUCUCGCUGAUUGAAGCUUUCGGUGUUUCGAAGCUGACAAACGACUACGUGACCGCGAUUUUGCGGUAGCACUCCUCGAGCUCCGCUGAUAAUAGUGUCAGUCUCGCGAUUUCUUUUAUUAAUUUAAAUAAGUAUUAUUGAAAACAAGCUCGAUUGCAAUUAACGAAAGAUGAAAGAAUUUAAUUUUCUCGUGCUUGUGUCAUUGUACAUAGUGAUUAAGUAUUUACUUUCUUCACACGAUAUCGAUCAAGACAAUCGAGUGUAUUCGACGAGUACUCUUUUAUUCCUUUUAUUCCUUUUAUUCCGUCGUUAUCAUUUCAGAAUCAUUUCGCGACGUUCAAGUAUAAUACAAUGGAAAAUAGGAUAAAUGCCACUGUGUACGUAUGGUGCACAGUGCAAUAUAUAUGUAACAUGUACAAUAUUUAUCGGUGCAAUGGAGAAAUGCAGCUAUUUCUUAGCCAAACAUUUCCGGUGCUCUUUGUGGCAUUUACAUCGUUUAACGGUGUGAUUACUUUCACGUAUCGUCCAAAUAUCUACUGUAUCACUAUAAGUAUUGCGCGUCGACUUUACUUCAUCGGAAUGUACGUAAAGUUGUUAUCUGUGUGUGCAUUAUUCUUAUAUCGUCCCUUUGUACAAUAUCGUGUGUAUCAUGUUAUCUCCGUUUCUUUUUUGUAUUUUGUAGCCUUCUUUUUUUACGAUCUAACGAGUCGUCGUAGUGUCUUGGUAAUUUCUGGCCGAGCUAUCGCGGAGGAGCUCUUCGUUCGAUCGCGGAAUGACGUUGCUCUCGUGGGCUUCAAGAGGACAGUUGGAUGGAUUGUGACGAAGAUGUGCAUUAGCUAACUCGCCAAGUACAAAGUGUAAGCAGACAGACCUGUCGUCGCCUAUACAGGGUGUCGUUAAAGCAAUAUGCCGAGGAAGCGUGUACUCGAACGCUCGCAUUCUAUAUGUUGUAUUUGUUUUGCAAAAGGUCCUACAUUUUUGCAUUGUCGCACGAUUCAGCCGAUUAAUGCCGACGGAUUUCUAAAGACCUAAGUUUUGCGAUACGAUGCGUAAAAAAUCACUAAAGAUUGCGUAUUUUAAUCGGAGAAUGAAAAAUUAUACUGCCAAAGCGGAUGCUAUUGCAUUUACACGAAUCCACACGUCGCGGUCGUUUGUGUAAAUUUCCGUAAAGCGAUGAAACGUUCUUUUGAUAUUUGCUGUUUUAUUCCUAGUGAAACGAGAAAACAAAAUAUCACUGCACGACUUAAAUACACUAACCUAGUCAUUAAAGAGUUUGACCAAAAUCGCGGUUGAGCAGCGACGUUGAAGCGUAAUAAGCUAAGGCGGGAUUCUGGCAGCUCAUUACUCUGUACAUUAAUAAUUCAACGAAUUGGUCUCUCUGUGAGGUGUGUGUGUGUAUAUACACAUAUAAAGCAAGAUCCUACAAUCAGGAUUAUUUUACUUACAUAAGCAAAUGUGUAGAGCAGUGUUGUGCAAAAUGCUUCAAAAUAAACUUUAUUUAAAUAUAUA